AAAGGAAAGACCGUCAAGUACAUACAAUUUAGAAUCUUUAACAUGAUUUAGUACACGCAUAAAUUUCAUAAACUGUAGCAGUACGCAACUAGUGAUAUAAUAAUUACACAAUCUUGAUUCUUGUAAUACACCUUUGCUCUGCAAAAUGGAAGAACAACGACUUGAUUAUGUACUAGUGCCUCUUGGGAUGGUGAUUUUUGUAUCGUAUCACGCUUGGCUUCUCUUUACAAUAAUAAGGUAUCCAAGAAGAACAGUCAUUGGUAUCAAUUCUGAGUCUCGACAUAAUUGGGUCCUCUCCAUUAUGACUGAUCCGAUAAAGAAUGGAGUUCUGGCAGUUCAAACUAUACGCAACAACAUUAUGGCAUCUACCCUUUUGGCAACAACUGCAAUUACUCUCAGCUCAAUCAUUAGUGUAUUCGUGAGCAACAAAUCAAGCUUCACAUACUCGGAACUACUGUUCGGGAAUAAAACUCCUAUGAUGUCUUCUAUAAAGUUUUUUACCAUCUUGCUGUGCUUUCUUGUUGCAUUUCUCUGCAAUGUUCAAUCUAUCAGAUACUACGCUCAUGUUAGCUUCUUAGCUACUGUGCCUUCAUUCAAAGAUAGAUCUGAUUCUAUAGAGUAUGUUGCAAGGAAUUUGAACCGAGGGAGCAUGUUUUGGUCGCUUGGACUACGAGCAUUUUAUUUGUCAUUUCCUCUCUUCCUUUGGAUAUUUGGGCCCAUACCCAUGUUUGUAUGUUGCUGUGUGAUGUCCAUCGUUCUAUACUUCUUGGAUACCACUACAAGUUUUACCAGGGAUCUCCACUGUCAAACUAUAAGAGAGAAAAACAGGGAAACUGAUGUGGAAUGUGUAACUCAUCAACUUUAGAAGUUGCUAUGACAUAAAGAGUUCAUUGACGGUAUAUUCAGAGUCUAGCCUGUAAGACUUAAAGAGUGUCUUAUUUCGAAAAUAGCUUGUUUCUUUGUAAUUAAGUUUAACCUUUUGGCUUCUGUAUAAAAUUUAUCUUCAAGAGGUUCCAGUUCCAUAUUAUA